AUGUCGGAUGAACCCGUGCUAAAGGCGGACAAGGACUGUGGGACUCCCGCUGCUCUCGGUUUUUCUCAAUCCGCUGCUCGAAUUCUAACGCGAGGGGUUUAUAGUCACUGAGGCACUAGACAAACAGCUUCCGCAGAUAUUAUCGCUCGCCAAGGUUUUGAUAUUGAUGGAUUUGAUGCUUGGCCCGGAUACUGACCAAUCUCGGGCUCUAGGCAAAUGAAGCAAAUCUCCCAGCUGCCAUCGAAAAGCUCUUAGCGUUAGAGAAGCAAACCAGACAGGUUUGGUCACUCUAUGCAUCUCCAAAAUCGGUGGUCGUUAACAUUUCUUCUAGGCUAACGAUUUGGCUUCUACCAACCGCCUCCUCACCACGAUCAUUACACUAUGCAAGGAUGCCGGGGACUGGAAGCUUAUGAACGAGCAUGUCCAGAUACUCUCAAAAAAACAUGGCCAACUGAAGCCGGCCAUAACCAAGAUGGUGCAGACCGCGAUGGGUUUCCUCGACGAGACACCCGAUACCGAGACUAAACUCUCUAUUAUUGAAACCUUGAGGGCAGUUACUGAGGGCAAGGUACGUACUCGUAGGACUAUUAUAGCUCUUUAAGUCAAGGCAUCCCAACCUAACCUCAUCGUUAUAGAUUUUUGUCGAGGUUGAGCGGGCUCGUAUAACCCGCAUCCUCUGCCAUAUCAAGAAGGCUCAGGGUGACCUUGCCGGAGCCACCGAUGUAUUGUGUGAACUUCAAGUCGAGACCUUCGGGUCUAUGGAUCGACGAGAGAAGACGGAAUUCAUUCUUGAGCAAGUCGAGUUCUGUAUUGAGCGUGGAGACUUCACUCAGGCGGCAAUCCUUUCGCGAAAAAUUUCUACAAAAUACUUUGCCCAAAAAGAAGUGUCCGAUCUGAAAUUGAAGUUUUAUGAUCAGCAAAUCCAGCUUGCAAAGCAAGAGGAUAAAUAUCUGGAUGUGUGCAAACACUACAAGGCAGUUUACGACACUCCUAGUGUAGUUGAGGACCCCGAUAAGUUGAAUAGUGUAAGAACCUGAACCCUAUUCACCAGGCAAACAUUAAUCCCGAAUAAUGAUAGGUACUCGAGAGGAUCAUAUACUAUAUUAUCCUAGCACCUUAUGAUAACGAGCAGUCAGACCUACUGCAUCGCAUUCAUGCGGACCCGAAUCUAAGUUUGGUCCAAAAACAAUCGAAUCUCCUCAAAUGCUUUACAGUUCAUGAGUUGAUGCGCUGGCCCCUUAUCGCUGAAAAUUACGGGACUGAGUUACGCGCCUCUGAUGUUUUUGCAAUUGGUGACCCCAGGGCCGAGAAGCGCUGGGAUGACCUAAGGAAACGUGUUAUCGAACACAAUGUAAGAGUUGUUGCCAAGUACUAUACUAGGAUCAAGAUGGACCGAUUAAAGGUUCUCCUCGAUCUAGACGAGGACGAGGCCGAAACUUAUCUGAGCCAGCUGGUAACCCAAAAGACUGUCUAUGCAAAAAUAGAUAGACCUGCGAGAAUCAUCUCCUUUGCUGAGCCCCGAGACGCGGAUGAUGUCCUCAAUGAAUGGAGUGGCAAUAUGAAGAGUCUUCUGGGGCUAUUGGAGAGAAUUGAUCAUCUGAUCACAAAGGUAAUUCAUCGUGGGGCUCCUUUGUACCUGUUCGUUUUAUUAACGUUUGUCGUAGGAGGAAAUGAUGGCCAAUAUUGCUCCAAAGGUUAAGAGCAAAGGAAAGGCUAAAUGAAGUGGAUGCAACUAAAUUAGUGUAUAAUAGACAUCGCGAUAAUACACGCAAAA